AUGGGUGCCUCCUGCUCCGGCCAAGUCUUCUUGCCUGGCACGGGCAUCAGCUUCGAGAUUGACGGGAGACCCUUCCUGGCCAUGGUCACCGCGAUCUGCCACGAAGAGCAGCACCCAUCCUUCGGCACAGCUCACCGGAUUCGAUAUAUCUAUGGCCAGUGCGGCCGCGAGUGGAUCUGGCUGGAGGGCGCUGCAAAGACUUUGACCUUCAGGCACUCGAAGAAUCGAAUACCCUUCCAGCUGCACAAGCUGGGCCUGUGGUGUCGAGACGUUGUCAUCCAGUCAAUCUGCUGGACGACAUCUAUCCUGGAAUCGUUUCGCUCCUCGCGGAAGAUGUGUGACUACUUGGAGGCUGAAUGGCCUGCGCUGGGACUGCCGCCUGCCGCGCAAGUCUUGGAACUUGGCGCUGGCAACGGCUGGCUGGGCAUGACCCUGGCAAGGAAUCUUCUUGCCAUCUCAGGCAAGAGCCGCAUUUUGGUCACGGAACGUGCCGGAUACAGCUUCCAGUUCUUGAAAGAGAAUCUGGACUACAACGAAGCCCGAGGAGUGCCGCUCGACCAUCUGCAGGAAGAAGUCCUCGACUGGGCCAACUGUCAGGACUUCGAUGCCUCCUCCUUUGACCUGCUGCUGGGCACUGACUUGGCACCAGACCCGUUGGCGGCUCAUCUAUUGGUCGCUUCACUGCGUUGCUUCCUUGCGCAGAACCCACGGCUCUUGGUUCUCUUGGCCUAUCAGCCAAACAGCGGCUCCAUUGCUGCCAAUGAAGCCUUUUUCCAGGGCUUGCAUGAGCAUGGCCUUGACUACUCCAUCGUGGCCAAGGAGAAAGAGGGCAACGGAAGCCGGCAACCAGGCGUCGCUAUCCUGCAGAUCGUUUGCCAGCAGCAGGACCAGUUCCUGCUGCCUUGGAGCGAUGCCCUGAGCAUAGAGGAGGUCUUCACUGUUUGA